AGACUGGGCCAGACGUACGCAAAAGUUGUAGUAUUUACUUGAAAUCGCGGUUCACGUUACGCUAUACUGACGCGUAAAGACCGCAUGGUACGUUAAAUAUUAAAAUAAAAUAAUUAAUUGAAAAACUAUGACCAUGUAACAAACUGAGAUUUAAUUAUCUGUAAAAUAAAUAAAAUGGUGUCGUCUCCGAGCGUCGAAAACGGAAACACCGGCAACGGUAUCGAAAAGUUUAUACCUGAAGAUGAGGAGUCGCCGAAGACCAAAAGAAAAAUUACCUUAUUAAAUGGUGUUGGGAUAAUUGUUGGAACCAUAGUUGGCAGCGGAAUUUUCGUAUCUCCAACCGGAGUAUACGAAGCAACAAAAUCCGUAGGUAUAUCCAUCCUAAUCUGGUGUUUAUCCGGAUUAUUUUCCAUGCUUGGAGCAUUAUGCUAUGCGGAACUGGGCACCUCAGUCACCAGGUCUGGAGGCGAUUAUGCUUAUAUUUACGUGGCUUUCGGGCCCUUAGCAGCAUUUUUACGAUUGUGGAUUGCUUUACUAAUUAUUAGGCCAACCACACAAGCGAUAGUGGCAAUAACCUUCGCAGAAUAUGCGGCAAAACCGUUUUUUCCUGAAUGUAAACCACCUGAAAAUGCCAUAAGACUUUUAGCAGCUGCAUGCUUGUGUUUUCUUACGGCCAUUAACUGCUUGAGCACAAGAUGGGCCAUGCGGAUUCAAGAUAUCUUUACCAUCGCCAAACUGGUCGCACUAAUUUCCAUUAUUUUAACCGGCCUGUAUUAUAUAUUAAAUGGUCAUACUGAAAACUUUUCCAAUGCCUUCGAAGGAAGUUACAACCUCUCUAGUAUAGCACUGAGCUUUUACUCUGGUCUGUUCGCCUUUGGGGGAUGGAAUUAUUUGAACUUCGUUACUGAGGAACUGCAAGACCCUUACAAAAAUUUGCCCAGGGCAAUAUGGAUCGGCAUCCCCCUAGUAACCGCAGUAUACGUUUUAGCCAAUGUAGCAUAUUUUGCGGUCCUAUCAGGCGUUGAAAUGCAAAGCUCUUUCGCAGUAGCAUUAUCUUUUGGCAUGAAAAUGUACGGAAACAUCACAUGGCUAGUGCCAGUAUUCGUAGCUCUAUCAUGCUUCGGAGGCGUCAACGGAGUCCUCUUUACAUCAGGCAGACUUUUCCUUACUGGAGCUCAAGAAAACCACCUUCCAGAGCUGUUUUCUUACAUCCACGUGAAACGAAACACACCUAUUCCUUGCCUAAUAUUUACAUGCUUAACAUCCCUGGCAAUGUUGUUCGUCAGCGACGUAAUUGCCCUGAUAAACUACUACGGACAAAUUUUAUGGUUUUCUGUUGCGGCGAGCAUUGCGGGCAUGCUCAUUCUAAGGCACAAGCAACCAGAUGCACCACGACCCAUUAGAGUGCACACUUCUAUACCCAUUAUUUUCUUAUGCGCUUGUGCGUUUUUAAUUUUAUUUCCUAUACCAUCGCAGCCAUGGAAUACCGUUAUUGGGGCUGCUAUAACGUUGUCAGGUAUUCCAGUUUACUACCUUUGCAUAAAAUGGAAAAAUAAACCACACAGAUUCACCGUAUUUACCCAAAAAAUGAAUCGAUUUUUACAACAACUAAUGGACCUCACUUUGCCUGAAGCCACGCAGCUACUAUCACAAUCCUAAAGUCUCUUAAAAUCCUUAAGUGAUAUAUUUAUAUGAAGUAUUUACAACUUUGGAUCUCGAAUGCUUUUACUCUUUUUUGUUAAUUUAUGAACCUUAUUGACCAAACUGUACAAUUAGUGUUAUUUAAGAAAAUAUAAUAUAUUUAUUGCA